CCAUUACAAACUCCAGAAGUUGGCCAAGGUGCGUGAUAGGUCACAUGUUCUGUAUGAACGACGUUGGGAUUGGGCUUCUUGGAAAGACUCUUAUCAACUGGCUUCCAAAUCUGGUUUCUCAGACCCAGCAACUCAAGUAAACUGAACUUGCAAACUUGGAAAACUUGCGAAUUCAUCUUUCACAAUUUGAAUAUCCCAAGCCAGUCAUUAAAGUUUGUAAUGAAAGAUGCCCAAAGUAAAAAUGACAGCCAACCGUCAUGUGCCGAACGACGCCGGACGUCGACCCAUCAGGCCGAUUGAUCGGGAGAAGAUGCGAUCGUGGCUGGAGAGACACCUGGACAUGGAGAAUGUCCCCGACGUGAGGUGGGUGGACAGGAACAGAACCAUGUUCGAGAUACCCUGGAGACAUGCGGCGAGACAUGGAUGGUCCAUUGAGCGGGACGCCUGCAUCUUUGAAAUGUGGGCCAAGCAUACCAGGAAAUUUAUUCCCGAGAAGGACAAGGUCAAGGAUCCCAAGCGGUGGAAGGCGAACUUCCGAUGUGCCCUGAACAGUCUCCCCGACGUGGAGCGGGUCCCCGGCCAUCUGGCUAAGGGGUCCCAGGCCGUACGUCGGUACAGAUUCCUCACCCCAGAUGAAGGCAGGAGAAGGAGCGUCAAAGCAGCUCGCUCCAGGAAACGAAGACGCCGAAAUGACAGCGACUCAACGGAGGAGGAGGAGGAGGAGGAGGAGGAGGAAGAGGAGGAGGCCACGAUUGAGGUGAAGUCAGAGAGUGAGGAUGACACUGAGCCAGAGAACAAUCUACCCUGUGGUCUCUCUACAGCCUCCAUCCCAAACUUCGACCAGCUGUUGACGGACAGCGAUGCCACCCCCCGACGGGAGACACGAUCGACCAGCCACAUGUCGGGUGGUAGCCUGUUCCAGCUGCGGGACAUCGCCCCACCCCCCAGUCCACAGGCACGCAGCGUGUCACCCCACAGUCUGGAGGGGAGCUCCGAUUCGGAAGGCAGUCACUAUUCUGACGAGGAGGUGGUUGAGAUGGUGAACAGCUGGCAACUAGAGAACUGUCCAAAGCUGUGGAGUGAUAUGACAGAUCUGACCGACAGCGUUGGCUGUGAAGUUGAAUGUGUCACAGAAGAGGUGAGAUGUGUUAUCAGAUUUGAUCCUCCCGAGUACUGGGACUUAUCGUCUCCGAUGGAGUGAUCGUUAGGGCGGAAGGCUUGUUCGCUAGGCACUCAGACUCAAUGAUGUAUAGACAUGAGAUGUGCGACCUGAACAAUAAACGGAGAACAAUCGAAGAAUAAUCUCAGUUAACCUCAGCCGCAGACGAUUUGAGGAACAGCAUUCUGACGGACUCUCCAUCCAGGUGUAAAGUACAGGGGAUGCAGUGAACAAAAACGACAGAAGACAAAGUUUUUGAACCACCGCCUCCUCCAGCCUCUUGUUACAACAGCAGAAUGUGACAGAGACCAGAUGAAUCCUCCAGCCUCUUGUUACAACAGCAGAAUGUGACAGAGACCAGAUGAAUCCUCCAGCCUCUUGUCACAACAGCAGAAUGUGACAGAGACCAGAUGAAUCCUCCAGCCUCUUGUCACAACAGCAGAAUGUGACAGAGACCAGAUGAAUCCUCCAGCCUCUUGUCACAACAGCAGAAUGUGACAGAGACCAGAUGAAUUGUCUUGUGUGAAAGAAGAUUUCGCCAAUGUAUAAAACUACAAAAGUUGUGGAGAAGGGUUGAAUGCUGGCCAUAUCAGACAUUGAAAUUCUUUAUCUAUGAGAUUCCAUUUGUACUGUGAUGAAAACUAGAGUGUGCAAUCAUGACAUGGUGUGGAACGAUCGACUCGUUACUUCAUCUGUUACUGUUAUCUAGGUCCUAAACCUGCACUGCAAAGUGCAUUGUGUCUCUACGUAAAUAGGAAUGACAAGACAUUAUAAACAAAGAGAUAAUUCAAGUAGACUGAUGCACGGACAUUAUCUAACCUGUCAGCUAGGAAUUGAUUGAUUUGAUUAACUGAUAGGACAAUGAGGUGAAAUGUGUGUAUCAAUGUAGGACAGGAAAGGGCAUGAACAAUACUUGUGUUCUCACAGGUGAAUCCUCCUGUAUGGAACAGAAUGGAUUUCUUCUUAAAACCAGAAAUGACCGUGUAGACCCCAAGAUACUACACUGUUUUAGGCCAGAGUUUAAUUCUUGGAUGGUAGAUUUUGAAAUGUUCUGAAAGGCGGAAAAAAGCCAGUUUUGCAGUUUAUGGUAUUGAAUGCCACGUUUUGGGUCAGCAGACAGGUAUGCAUUCAUCAGAAUAAAAACUGUUGGGUUGGCAGGUCGAAAUUCUAUUAAACAUAAAUUUAAUUAAUGUUUGAACAUAAAUUAGGGAAGUUUACUUUCAUUAUCAUAAAUUUUAAUGUUCCAUACAAUAGUAGAAACUAUCACUGGUAUCAUGUUCUUGUCAAGUAUUAUAUAUAUGAAUGUAUGAUAGUGUCAGUGAUUGAUAUCAACUUGAGGACCGGAUCAGUCAACAUGGAUCGGACAUGGCUGUGGAAGACUCAAUACUCUGUAUCUUGGUGGAACUCCCACGGUGAAUCCCCUGAGCUGUCAUAGGCUUGUAAAUCGGGGGAGGCGUGGGGGAUCUAAUGUAUAUAGCUGUCGAUGGGAACGGUUGACCUGUACAUAGACCACUUGUCGGGACGUGGGUGGACAAAAUCCCUUGAUGAACACUGGUGACAAGCAUCCUACAUGGGUUGGGCAAUUUGUGAUAUGUAUAUUUUCCUAGGUUUGCAUUUCAAUAACGAGGAAUUUUUAUUCUUUGUAACUUUUAGUCAUAUUGUACAUUCCUUCUUCGAAGCUCUUUUUUGUAUCAUUCAACUGCAUAUAAGAAAAUGAGCUAUUCACUUCAACACUAGAAUAGAAAGGAUAUUAAGUUGAUUGACAGUUGAUGGGAGACUGUUCACUUAAAAUCCUGCAGUCUUACAAAUUUUAUAUGAUCUUAUUGUUUAAUUCAACGGUAUGCAAGAGCUCGUCAUUUAAAUAUUCAAAAUAAAAGACUGACAGAAUUUGAAGGGUUUCAACAGGACCCUGCAAUCUGUUUCUGAGGCCUUAAAAAGGUUUUGGGUCUGACAAAGUAACUUCUAAUCUGGGAUUAAAAAAUGCUGGAACGUAACCUAUAUUUUUUAUCAAGUGACAUUUAAAUGCCAAAAAAAGUAAUUUUAAUAAUUUGGAAAUUUGGGGCAUAUUAAAAUACAGUUAACUGUGUCGUCAGAGACUGAGCACAGGCUAGUUCAAACAUUGAUGAAAUUAAAACUUUUUCAAUAAAAGUUGCUUGGCAAUUACCAGUUCCUUUUCUGCUGUUUUGUGAAACAGUAUCUGUAACAUAGACCGUCAGUCCCAGACGAAUUCUUGCAGGAUUUGCAGAAAAUGUAACUUAACACAGAACUGCCGAAAAAUUGCUGAAUUUGUCUAUUUUAAUCAAUCAAUACACUAAUUUUCAAGCUUUUCUAUCAAAUUUUGCACUCGAAUGAUGCCCAAACAUUUAUCAUGCGAUUCAAACACACAAAACAUGAAUCCUACAAUAAAACGAAAUGUGAAACAAUAAGUUCCUGUGGUAUUAUGACCACAUAAAGCAGUCUUGCUAAACCAAACCCAUAAUGUCGAAAUGUAAGAGAUUAAAUUUUUUGAGAAAAUAAAUGAGUUUGAAAUUAUUUUGUGUGUUUAAUUGGUUGUGUUUACUGCAGAAUUUUGUCAUUUCAACUGCAGAAUUUUGGUAAUUUUACCACAGAAUUGUAAAUUAUCCUCAGAAUUUUGAUAAUUUUAGCCUCAGAAUUUUGAUUAUUUUCCCAAAGAAUUCAUCUGGGACUGAUACAUAAGAACAUAUGGACUGUCAUGAAUAUUUUGGAAAUAUUUUUAUCGUACGAUUACAAAAAGAAGCGGUUCAGUGCAAACUUUGUUUUGAUUGAUAUUAUUUACAAAAGUACUUCAAUAACAAAAAUAGUGUUAUAUCUGAUAUGCUUCAAUUGUUGAAUGUGUUUUCGUAAUACAGCUUGUAGAUUUCGUGCUUACACAAAGUCACCCAACAAGAGGAUAUGUUGAGAGUGUUGUUUGUUAUGUCCAAGUUACAAAACCCGAGUUAAAGAGGAACUGUUACCUGUGCAAGUUCCAAUCAGGGUCAAAGCCGUGUAUUCUGUGCCACCUUCAUUAACUCAAGUCAUGCCGUGUUUGUAAUCUCCCACACUAGUACCUAUAUGAACCAUUUAUGGAAUCACUCCAGCUACACAGAAUAAAUUUGAGACAAAAUAAAAUCUAUUGUGUAUACUUACUAGAUGAAACAGGAUAGAAUUGGAGUUGGCAUUCAUACAAAAUGGGUUUUGUAUCACUGAACACAAAGAGUGGGGCUGCCCAUUCACCCAAGUCGAGGGCAGCAGGCUUGCCCCAUCCGACCAUAAACAUUUCUACUCCGUACCUCUAUACAGGUUGCCUUCACUGGAUCAGCUCUUAGACUGGGGCGGUCGGGUAGCCUGGUGGUUAAAGCGUUCGCUCGUCACGCUGAAAACCCGGGUUCGAUUCCCGACAUGGGUACAAUAUGUGAAGCCCAUUUCUGGUGUCCCCCGCCGUGAUACUGCUGGAAUAUUGCUAAAAGCGGCGUAAAAUCAAACUCACUCACUCACUCACUUAGACUGACUUAUUGAAAUUACUUACAAUGCAUCAAACACUUCUGUUGGGUGACUUGUUUUCUAGUAACAUGUACAUAAUAUGUAGAUAAUAAAAAAAGAGAGUAUUUUUUCUAACUAUAAAAGUUAUUUUAUGUUAUUGAUUCACCCAAAUUGUAUAUGACAGACAUCUCAAGAAGCUUAUUUGUUACCAAUAUUUGUCAAUGACUUACAUUUGUAAGAAGUUUUCGAUUAAUGAAAUACUCAAUUUAUGUUUAUAAACAUUCUGAGACACCAAAAAUUCUUUAGAAAGGACAUGGUAAAUAUUUUAUUGUGUUCAUAUGAAUAGAAGACUAAAUACUAAUUUAGUUCAGUUUAAAGAUUCUUUGCUUCCUAUAUAAGCCUUCGUUUCUAUUGUCCUAUUGCCAGCUGGAAAUAACUAACUGAAAAACCAUGAUGACAUAUUUGAGCAGACCGCACAAUGAUCUCAACAGUCACUCCAAGAACGUAUAUACUUAAAGCUAGAACAUACAUGUAUAUCCCAUUGGCUGGAUACAAACUGUUCAUCACAAAGGCCACCCAUCCAAGCCUGAAUGCAGGCUUAAUAUGCCUACACUGUAGUAUGGACCUGAUAUUAAACAAAUACAGUAUUUCUUU